AUGAGAGACUACAAAAUUGUUGUUUUAGGUGCCGGUGGUGUAGGGAAGUCCUCCAUAACUGUGCAGUUUGUGCAAGGCGUAUAUAUUGAAAGUUAUGAUCCCACUAUUGAAGACUCGUACCGAAAACAGAUAGAAGUGGAUGGUCGUGCGUGUGAUUUGGAGAUAUUAGAUACUGCUGGUGUGGCACAGUUCACGGCAAUGAGAGAAUUGUAUAUCAAGAGUGGGAAAGGCUUUUUGUUAGUGUACUCGGUUACCGAUGAGAACUCGUUGAAGGAGCUUUUGGCAUUACGCGAACAAGUUUUGAGAAUCAAGGAUAGUGAAAAUGUUCCCAUGGUGUUGGUGGGUAACAAAUGUGAUUUGGAAGAGGAUAGGGUUUUAAGUAUAGAGGAUGGGGUCAAGGUAAGUCAGGACUGGGGUUUGGUGCCAUUUUAUGAAACGAGUGCUAUGUACAAGACAAAUGUCGAUGAAGCAUUUAUUGAUGUUGUCAGACAGAUAAUGAGAAAAGAAGCGGCCAUUAGUGCCGAGAAGAAGCAACAAAAGGAGAAACAAAAGGCAGAACAACCUAUUGAAACGAAGCAACCUGUAGUCGAGCAACCAAAGAAGGCAGAGCCAGUGAAGGCGAGAGAAAAUCAGUCGAAUAAGGAAAAGAAGAGCAACUCAGGUAGUAAAUGCUGUACCAUAAUGUAG